AUGACUUUGAAAGUUGUUUUGGUUUUGGCAGUACUGUCAGGUUUUGUGAGUUCUAGACCUCCAACUGAUAAUGGACCAGGACAUCCACGUGGACCUCCUUCACCUCCAUAUUUGAAAAAUGUUAGUGAUGAUGCGAGAAAAGAGUUUUUCGACAUUGUUAAUAAUGAUAAUUUGACUCUGGCUGAAAUCGACACACAACUUGCAACUUGGGCAGAAUCAAAUGAUAUUUCGGUGAGAAAUAUUUGAAGAUAUACAUAUUGCAAAUAUCAUUUUUAGGAUAGCUACAGCGAGUUUGAAGCUAAAAAAGCCUCAUAUAUCGCUGAAAUCAAGGCCAAAGUGACAUCUGUAGUUUCGAAUCUUCCAACUGUUCAAUCUCAACUCGAAUCAAUUUUCGAAAAUAAAGAUCAAACUCGUAGUGCUCAAAGAGAGCAACUUGACGAAUUAAGAAAUAAAUAUCCACAGGAAGUUGGAGUUAUUCUGAAACUUGUUGGACUGAUUGGACUUGGAUUCCAAAAAGGACCAAGAGAUAUCGGACGAAUCGGGCUUCCCAGAAUUCAAUGA